AUGCCCUGCUUCAAAGGGCUUGCCGUGAGCAUCCACACGCCCACCGGCCCAAUUCCCGAAUAUUCUAUCCAACGCCAUUCUCGAGCCUCGCGUAUAGGUUGCUUCAUUCCUGUUCCUCCGCCAAAAAUUCCCGAAUCUGGGACCGGCAAACCGGAACAAUCAACCUUCGCGAUUUCCGUCACCCUCCUCAAUCCCGAACAAGAUGUCCCGUACUCGGCCCCUAAGCCGACACCAGAAUGCCCCUCUCCGAAACCCAAGGUCGUCGGUAAAUUGCCUGGUGAGCCAGGUCAAAUUGCCGGGGCAGUUGCACCAUACCAGGGCUUGACAAACUCGGAAAAUGAGACGGUGGCUGCAUACAUCUACUUUGAUGGAAGACAAAAAGAGGAGGUGGCUACACUACUACGACGUGGAGAGGAAACGUGGGUGAACUCGCGCUGGGUCAGCGUUCCGGAAUCCGAAGGCGGGGGAAUUGCCGAGCGUGAAUUUUUGUUCCGCGAGGUCGGUCUUGAGCGUUGGCUCAACGGAUUGGACCUAGAAGGCAAAGAUGCAGCAGCCAAGAUUGAACGCCGGCGGCAAAAGAUGGAGAAGCGCCGUGCAAAGCGUGCCACCGAGGAUCCGUCCGCCAUGGAAAUGGAAGACAGUUAUCCUGUUAAAUCCAAGACUAUUAUGCGAUAUGGAAAUGAUGCGAAGUCACCCCUUGAAGAUGUCUCAGAUGACGACCUCUCUUCCGACUCUGACGAUGAUGAUCCCAUUCCGGAGACUGCGGGUCAAAUCAAGGUCGCUUUAUUCCGAGUGUUGGCCUCGGGGGAAAUCAAGCGGGGCGAGUACUCUCCACAGUUCGAUGCGCACGACGAUGAAGAGGGUGCCCAUGAUAACAGCGGCGGCGGAGAUGCCGAUGUUGACCAUACCACAAGUUUUGCGAAGCCCAAAUCACUCGAUCCGAAGACCAUUAGCACUCAGACUGUUACUGGGAUUGACCCGUCUGAUAAGCCUUAUGCUAUCUUCACUUUCAUGUACCGAGGUGAACGUCAACUGCAGAAGAUGGGCAUUUUGAAAGACUCCAAGGUGCAGGAAACGCCCACUGCCACCAAGCGCAAGUCACUACAAGCUGAUCUCGCAAGUCUUGGGCCGAUCAAACCCGGCGGAUCCGUUGGAUUCCUUAAUUUCCGGGACAAUGAAACCAAGCCGCGGAAGGGCAAGAAGAGCGAAGAUGAUAUGGAUAGCGACGAUGAUGACACCGACAAUCCCAUACUUGGCAAAGCAGACGACGAGGAAGCUAAAGAGGAUGAUCGGCUCUUAUCUCCAGAUGAUAUUCAACGACAGGGAGAACUAGCGGAGAGCAUGCGGAAGAUUCGACUCAAGCGUCAACACUCUGCCGAGCCCGGAGGCAGCGUUGGUGAUUCUGCAGAUACCCCAGCUUCUGGAUCUGGAUCCACGCCUCCUGUAAACGAGCGCUCAGCAACACCGCCAAAAGCUGCCGCGAUUGGAUCUGGGCUCUCCGAACCAACCCAGCCAGCUAUCGAAGUUUCAGACGGUCUUUUUGGAAGUCCAUUGAAGAAACAGCGCGGAAGUGUCUCAACCGCAGAUGAGAACGCCCUGAGACGCCGGAUCGCCGAGUCAUCUGGUAGAAUCGGUGACGCCCUAGGCCCUUCCGUCCCCACUCAACCCGCCCCGACCUCUUCGCAGAUGUUCGGAGAUGGUUUCGGCCUUACACCCGAACUUUCUACUGGACCUCCAGCAGCUGAGGAGGAGUUGUAA